GACGCUGGCAGCAACAAAAUAACUGGCUAAACAGUAGUUAACAUUUUCAGUGUGUGCGUGGAGUUAAUGCUGCAAUACCAAACGGCAUAAGGACAAAGUUUGGCCAAAAACAGUUAAAGAGUUAAUGCAAAGCACAGCACCGCUGCUAAAUUAAAGUUCAGCUACAAAUCCAAAACAAGCUGCAACUUCCGGCACUGCCAAAUAAAAGACUGAAAUAUAAUAGUGGGAAGCCUGCAGGAGCAGCUGCCCAAGCAAACAACCAAGGACCAAGCCGAAACUUACUUUCGGAUAUGUUUUAGACGCAAAUCGCGAUAGACUCGUGGCAAGCCGCAACGCAAUGUUUCUGCCCGUCAAAUCGAAUCACUCCGCCGAGGCGAGUGGCAACAAUGAGGAUGUCACCACGACCAGCAACAAUUCAACACAGACGCCCAGCGAUCUGAGCCCGCCGGGUCCCAAUGAGGAGGUGCUGCCGCAGGCGCAUCAUCAAAACCCAGGACACUGCAUCGCCUCCUUUGCGGCCAUCAACCAGAUGCGCAACAAUGCACAGCUCUGCGAUGUGCGCCUGGAGGUGGGCGGCGACACCAUCAAUGCGCACCGCGUGGUGCUGGCCUCCGUAUCGCCUUAUUUCUAUGCCAUGUUUAAUGACGACAUGCUAGAGCGCAACCAGGGCCUGGUGCGUCUGCACGAUGUGGACAGCGCCGCGCUGCGUCAGCUGAUAGACUACACGUACACGGGCGAGAUUACCAUAACGGAGCAGAAUGUGCAGGUGCUGCUGCCGGCAUCGGGUCUGCUGCAGAUGCACUCGGUGCGGGAUGCGUGCUGCAAGUUUCUGCUGCGGCAGCUGCAUCCGUCCAACUGCCUGGGCAUACGCAGCUUUGCGGAUGCGCACUCCUGCAAGGAGCUGCACACGCGCUCGCACAAGUACGCGCUGCAGAACUUCCAGCAGGUGGUCGGCACAGAGGAGUUCCUGCUGCUGCCGUUCGAGGAGGUCAAGGAGCUGAUAUCGAACAGCCAGCUGAACAUCAGCUCCGAGGAGAAGGUAUUUCUGGGCGUGCUCAGCUGGGUGAAGCACGAUCUCAGCCAGCGUCGCCUGCACAUUGCCGAGCUCAUGUCGCACGUCCGCCUGCCGCUGGUUAGCCGCGAUUUCCUCAUGAGCUGCGUCGAGGCGGAGACCCUCAUGCGCGACGACUCCGAGUGCAAGGAACUGCUGCUGGAGGCCAUGAAGUAUCAUCUGCUGCCGGAACAGCGCAGCCUGAUGGGCAGCCAGCGCACCCAGGAGCGCCGGCCGGAGGGCAUGAAGCCCUACAUCUUUGCCGUUGGCGGCGGCAGCCUAUUUGCCAUACACAACGAGUGCGAGGUCUACAAUCCGCGCUGCAACAGCUGGUCCCCCGUCGCGCCCAUGCUGUGGCGUCGCUCCCGCUCUGGUGUCACCUCUCUGCACAAGCAGCUGUACGUGGUGGGCGGCUAUGAUGGCGUCAGCGAUCUGGCCACCGCGGAGUGCUACAAUCCGCUGACCAACAAGUGGACCAACAUCACGCCUAUGGGCACCAAGCGCAGCUGCCUGGGCAUAUGCGCCUACGACGGGCUGAUCUUCGUGUGCGGCGGCUAUGAUGGCGCCUCAUGUCUGAGCAGUAUGGAACGCUAUGAUCCGCUAACGGGCAUCUGGAGCUCCUGCCCGGCCAUGAGCACGCGCCGGCGCUACUGUCGUCUCGCCGUGCUGGAGAAUCAAAUCUAUAGCCUGGGCGGCUUCGAUUCGACCAACUAUCAGUCGAGCGUGGAGCGCUUCGAUCCGCGCGUGGGUCGCUGGCAGCCGGUGCCCAGCAUGACAGCGCGACGCAGCAGCUGCGGCGUCGCCUCCACCGAUGGCAAUCUCUACUGCAUUGGUGGCAACGAUGGCACCAUGUGCAUGUCCAGCGGCGAGCGCUUCAACUUGCGCCGCAACUGCUGGGAGCCCAUUGCGGCCAUGCACUCGCGCAGAUCUACGCAUGAGGUGGUCGAGGUGGAGGGUGUGCUGUUCGCCUUGGGCGGCAAUGAUGGCAGCUCCUCGCUCAAUUCCGUGGAACGCUACGAUCCGCGCCUGAACAAAUGGAGUGUGGUCAAUGCGAUGGUCGCGCGUCGCAGCAGCGUGGGCGCGGCGGUGUUGGAGUGCUUCCAUUUGGAGCGCGGACUGGUGCAGACGACGAACUUAUGACCCCCGCUGAGCAGCAUCAGCGAAUCUUUUGGCGCUGCCGCAGCGAACAACGCCAGCAAUAACACCAACUCCAACAACAACAGCAGCAGCAGCAGCAGCAAUGGGAACGGGAACAGCGGCACCUUGAACGUGCCCAGUCGCGCCGAGGCGGCCGCCUUUACAGCCAACAUUGCUUUGAGCUCCUCGGCGCCAUCGGCCAGCUCCACGCUGCGUCGCCAUCGACGCGAUACGCCCGCCCUGGCGGAGAGCCGGCGCGCCAAUAGCAAUGCCAGCAGCAGCAGCAGCAGCGACAGCGCCAGCAGCAGCGGCAAGACACCAUCGACUGCCUGAUCCUGGUCCAUGUCGAGUGGACGACACUCUUAAGCAACAAAAAACAAAAAAAUACACUAAUCUACAAAGCUAACCCCAACGCGCCUACUGCAGGAAUUAUGAUUGAUUGUUCGAGUUCGUUAUUAUGGAUAGAUCCGAUAUGAUAUGGUAGAUAUAUAUAUAUACAUAUACAAUACGGGAAAGUUAAUGGCAGCACCUUAACUAAAGGGGCACCUUUUUGCUCAAAAACUUGAUCGAAACACACGCAAGUUGCAUUUAAAGUGAACGUAUCCCACUUUGAGUACACAUUAUUCGAUUGUUAUGCUUAUGCGUAGGCGGAGGAGCAAAGUAUUCCAUAUACCAAGGAAUAGAUUCCAUAAGGUCAGACCUCGAUUUGAAGACAAAUCGAUAUAUUCGAUUUACGCAUAAGCAUAACAAUAAACACACACACACACACACACAUUUCUAGUCAAGAUCUCGCACGAACUUAAAAGAACUCCCAAAUGUAACAGCUACAACAAGGAACCUAAUCUGCCUACAAUUUUUACAUGUGAAUCGUCU